UCGCAAAAACCCUAGCAAGAUGGGGCGGCUGAAAUUGAUUCCAGAUGAUGACGACGACUCACAGAAGAAAGGCUCCGAUUGUUUCGAGGUCGAUUUGGAGUACGGUGAGAGGUUACUGCACAAUCAGAAGCGCAAGGAUCUCCAGAAAUACGAUGAGCUGAAGGAUAGAGGUAUCAUCAACGAUGACGAAGGUUCCGAGUCAGAGGAGGAGGAAUCAGAUUCUGAGCCAGAUGAUGAUUUAGGAGAUCCAAAAAACGAUGUCAAAUUCAUCGAUGUUUUGCUUAAGGUAAAGAAAAAGGAUCCUUUGAUUAAGAACAAAGAUGUUAACUUCUAUGAGAGUGAUGAAGAAGAUGAGGCUAAGGAGAAGAAGGUGAAGAAGAAGAAGAAGAAGAAGAUGUAUUUGAAAGAUGUUCAGGCACAGCAAUUGAUUGAAGAAGGUCCUGAGUUUGUUGAGGAAGAUGAGGAGAGGAGGAAGGUUAAGAGUUACGAUGAGAGGCAAGAGGAAUUGAGGAAAGCUGUAACUGAUGCUUUCGAAGAGGAGAGUGAUGAAGAUGGUGAAGAUUUAUUGAGAGUUGCGGAGAAGGAAGGAGAUGAUGAUGUGGAGGAGGAGCUAGCUAAGAAAAUUGAUGAGUAUUUCGGUGAAGAACGUGAAGUGUUUGAGAAUCAGUUUUUGAAAGAUUACUUGGUGAAACAGUUGUGGAAGGAGAAAGAUGAGAAGAUUGUAAUAGAUGAAGAAGAUUUGAAGGAGUUGGAUGAAGAUGAGGAAGCUGUUGAGAAGCAAGAGGAUUAUGAGACUACCUAUAGACAUGAAGAGAAUGCUGGGGAGAUUGUUAUGGGUCAGUCUAGGGUUGUGGAAGGGUCGGUGAGGAAGAAGGAUAAUGCGAGGAAGGCGCAGAGGAAGAGUAAAGAGGAGAGGAUGAAGAUGACUGAGAUUGGGAGGCAAGAGGAGUUGAAGCGGUUGAAGAAUGUUAAGAAGAAGGAGAUGAAGGAGAGGAUGAAGAAAGUGCUUUCUAUUGCUGGUUUUAAGGAUGGUGAAGAAUGUCCUUUGGAUGCGAAAGACUUGGAUGAUGAGUUUGAUCCUGAGGAGUAUGAUAUGAUGAUGAAAGCUGCGUUUGAUGAUGAUUACUAUGGUGCGGAGGAUUCAGAUUUGAAUAGUGAUGAGGAUGAUGGUGAGAAACCAGACUUUGACAAGGAGGAUGAAUUGCUUGGACUUCCCAAAGAUUGGGGUGUGAUUCAAGGUGGGGAUGGUUUUAUAUCUGCUAGAGAAAAGGUUUUGAAGCAUAUGGAGAAUGGUGCUGGUGAUGAAGAAGAAGAAGAAGAAGAAGAAGAAGUAGAAGAAGAAGAAGAAGUCGAUGAGGAGAAGGAAGUGGAGGGUAAGAGGAAGAGAAAGCGGAAAACAUCUCUUGUACAAAGAGCCAAGGAAGCUAUGUUGGAGGAGUACUACAAGCUAGACUAUGAGGAUACAAUUGGAGAUUUGAAAACAAGGUUUAAGUAUGCGAAAGUACAACCAAACAAAUUCGCCCUGGAUACAGGAGAGAUACUCUUCUUAGAUGACACAGAGCUGAACCAGUACGUACCAUUGAAGAAGAUGGCUCCUUAUGUGGAAAAGGAUUGGGAGGUGAAUAGACACAAGGUCAAGGAGCAGAAACUUAAGAUCCAGGAGUUGUUGCAGGGUGAACGCCAUGAAAAGAAAAGCAAGAAGAGGAAGAAGAACGAUGUUGUUGAGGAAACGAAACCAACACAGAAAGCAGAUGAGGAAGGCGAAGCUGAGACGAAGCUAUCGAAAAAGGCAAAGAGAAGAAAGCGUCGAGCAGAGAAGAAGCUUCCUCCUAAUAGAAUGGCUGCUUAUGGAAAGGCGUAAUGAAGAUGGAGUUAGAGAAUCAGAUACAGCCAUUUCUUUUCGUU